UACUUCCUUAAACUUAGUAAUAAAACUACAUUAAUAAUUCGUAAUAAAGAUAACGAUCGUUUUUUUCCGUGAAGUUAUUCACGAAUGUGACAACAUUUUGUUUUUUUUCUCGUUUCACUCGCGUAUCGUGGGCAAAAUGACAGGAAUUCCCUCGGGGUUGAAAAUGCGCGAUGCAAUCUAAAUCCACGAUCACCAUCAACCACGAGAACGACGCCGAUGAAUCGAUGGAAGAGUCUGUCUUCGAGCAGAUAUGCGACACGAUAUUCGUUCUGAUACCCGAAGUGCCGCGACUGAAGCAGCUGUUUCUAAGUUGGAGUCAGCUAGGCACCGAAGACAGAGUACAAUUGGACGCCAAAGUGGCCAACUGGUGUUGUCCUAACAGAAGGCAGCUUUAUAAACCUUUGCAAGAGGCUUUGGUUCGCUGGGAGACUGUGCAGGACACUCAAGGUGCUCCCGGUUGCGAGCCAGGUAUGGUCUCCUUUUCCUGCGAUCCUCAGUUGGAGGAGGAAUUGGUCAGCGUCAUAUACAGCCUAGAACUGUUGUUCACGAAAAAUCGAAAGGGUAGAGAGAUCGACAUGGAUUACGAGGUCGGUCGUUGCACAGAGCUGAGGAGGGAGAUGUCUUUGAACCUGAACUACGACGGCACCCUGCGCUCCAUAUUGAGCCCAAAAGACAAAACGCCUCAUUCCGUGCACAGUUGCAGUUACAUCGCCGAUUUCAAACGAUCUGACGAGGAUCUAAGCGGUUACCUGACCAAUUAAGAGACCAAAGAAUCGAAUGAUCGAUCGAACAUUUUUUAUCCCUUUAUACUUUACUUUACUUCUCGACUUUCUGCUGAUGAAUUUCCUUUUUUUUUUUUCUUGGAAAAAUUCUGCAAAUAUAAAGAACGAUUAGAUUGUUUUCUCCUUUCUGAAAUGGAAAAUUUUGUUCGGUUCCAAUCCUGGAAUGAAUAUUCUUCUUCUUCACUAGGCAAUAGAAUACGAAGUGACAGUCGAUAGAUGAUUUAGGGAAUUAGGAAGGGUAAUUAGAUUCUAAUCUCUCUUUCUCGAGAGAGAGAGAGAGAGAAAAAAAAAUAUUAUCAAAGAGAUAUGCGUGUCUCUCUUACGAGGAUGAAAUUCUAAGAAAUAAUCGGGGAUAGUUAGUAAGAGAUAAUUAAUUUCUUCUUCUUUUUUUCUAAAAAUAGGUAUACUUCUUUUUAUCUCCCCAAAUAUACCUGUUUCGCGUCCUUAUCAUUGGUAUAUAUAUGGAAAAAUAUGUCUGAUCUGAUUUAAGAAAAAAAAAAAAAAAA